AGUUGUAUAACAAAAGACAAGAAGAUGCCUUCCCCCGGCGGCUUCCCUGCUUCAUGUGGGCGGUUUCAUGAUUGACAAAAACAAACAAUAAACUAAUUUUGUUUAUUAGUUUAAGAUUAAAUGACAUCUAACCGCCCCUAGUAAAAUUUAUAUGCAUGACAUCGCUUCUCUGUAACCAAAAAUAGAAGGCAGGUGAGUUUACCUAACGAAAGAAAACAAGGGAAGAGAAAGGAAAAGAAAAAAAAAAACCUGGAAUGGCCACUCGUAAUUUGGGAUCAUCAAUCCCCGUAGCAAGCGUCAAAGAACUCGUGGCUCAAUCUCUUGACGCCGUGCCGGAGAGGUACCUAAGGGACGUCGACGGUGACUGUGAUUACCCUACCGGAGACUCUUCACUUCAGGUGCCCAUUUUAGACAUGAGCAAGCUUCUUCACCCGCAGUUUCAUCAACUUGAGCUUCAAAAGCUUCAUCAUGCUUGCAAAUAUUGGGGCAUCUUUCAGUUAAUAGGUCAUGAAGUUGGUGGUGAAUCUGUAAAGACUAUGCACAGCAAAAGUCAAGACUUCUUCAACCUAUCCCCCGAGGAAAAGAAGCUCUAUGCUCAACAACCUGGAAGUCUAGAAGGUUAUGGUCAAGCCUUUGUCAUCUCUGAGGAUCAAAAGCUGGAAUGGUGUGACAUGAUCUUCCUCAAGGCCAUUCCCGCUCAAACGCGAAAACUACAGUUUUGGCCAAAACAACAGCCUCACGGCUUCCGGGAAGCAUUAGAUACAUACUCCCAUAAUAUGAGGAAGAUCGCAGUUUCCAUAAUUGGGUUCAUCGCGAUGGCAUUAGGGCUCGAUGCAAAACGAUUCUCUGAAGCUUUUGAAGGCGGAAGCUAUGAUGUGAGGAUGAAUUGCUACCCGCCUUGUCCCGAGCCUCAAAGAGUUAUUGGUAUAUCAUCCCAUGCUGACAUAUCAGCGAUCACACUCUUGACUGAUUGUGGCAACAUCCCAGGACUACAAGUCCUAAAAGACGGCCAGUGGGUGUUUGUCGAACCCAUAACCAAUGGCGUCGUUGUAAAUAUUGGCAUCAUAAUGGAGGUAGUGAGCAAUGGAAUAUACAAAGCCCCUUAUCAUCGAGCAGCGGUAAAUAGAGAGAAAGAUAGGUUUUCAAUAGUGACGUUUUGCUAUCCGGAUUCAAAGUUUGAAAUUAAGCCGGCCGAACAACUGAUAAACUCAGACUCGAUGGCUUUGUACAAAUCAUUUACAUAUGGUGAAUAUACACAAAGCUUCUAUGAUCGCGCUAAACUCAGUGAUGACGGUGUUCCAUUCAUUGAUACAUUGAAAAUCUGAGUUUAAGGGAAGACUUCAAUUCCUGUAAGUUGGUCUUAGACUGUAACUUCCACAACCUGUUUUUUUUUUUUUUUUUUUUUUUUUUUUGUCAUGGAUUGAUAUAAAUUUUACACAGCAAUAAGUUGGAUUAUGCAUGAAACGAGUGUAUCGUGUGAGCACUAUGUGCCUAUUUGUAGAGAUUUUGUUCUUAAUUUCUACUUGCAUCAAGUGAACUAGACCAAUAA